AUGGCGUCUUCGAAGCAAUACAAGACAGAGGAAGCCGAGGCAGCCGCGAAGCUUGCGGCGACCGAUCUCGAAGAAGUGAACAGAGAAAAGAGGUACGAGGAAAACAAAGGCGUGUCCACUGAGCAGCAACAAGAAGAGAAGCCGGGGGUUAUAGGAACGGUGUUGAAGGCGGUCGAGCACGUGAAAGAAGCGGUCAUCGGAAAGAGCCCGGAGACGACGAGGGACGGCGAGGACAGAUACGCCGAGGAGAAGUUGGCGAGAGCUAGAGAAGAGAAGGAGGAGGGAAGAGAUCGGAGUUCCGAGACAACUCAGAAGGCGAAGGAGACGACGGAGGAGGCGGCGAGGAAGAUAGAGGAGUACAAGGAGUCGGCGAAGGAGAGGGCGGAGGAGGCGGCGGAGAGGACGAAGGAGAAGGCGGAGGAGACUAAAGGAUCGGUGAAGGAGAGGGCCGGGGAGUACGCCGAGAAGGCGAAGGAGACUAAGGAGUCGGCGAAGGGAACGGUGAGCGAGUAUGCCGAUUCGGCGGCCGAGAGGGCUAAGCAGGCCAAGGACGCGGCGGCGGAGAAGGCCAAACAAGCUAAAGACACUACUAUGGGAAAGGCGGCGGAGUAUAAGGAUUACGCGGCGGAGAAGGCCAAAGAAGCAAAGGAUACGACUGUGGGAAAGGCCGCGGAGUAUAAGGAUUUUGCGGCGGAGAAGGCGAGGGAGGCGAAGGACGCGACGGUGGGGAAGGCGGCGGAGUACAAGGAUUAUGCGGCGGAGAAGGCGAUGGAGACGAAGGAGGCGGCGGCGGAGAAGGCGACAGAGGUGAAGGAUAAGGCGGCGGAGAAGGCGGAGCAAGGGAAGGAGAAGCUCGGAGAGUAUAAAGAUUGCACGGCUGAGAAAGCCAAGGAGAAUAAGGAUACAACGGUUAGUAAGCUUGGUGAGCUCAAGGAUACAGCUACUGGAGCUGCUAGAAAGGCAAUUGAUUUCUUUUCUGGCAAGAAAGAGGAGACAAAGGAGAAAGUGCCUGAGACAGGAGAGAAGGUUAAGGUAAAUAAGACUUGUGAAAAAUAUUGUUUGAUUUUGCAGGAGAAAUUGAGCGAAGAAGCGGAAGAAACGAGGCGAAAGAUCGAGGAGUUGAAGCUUAAGGGCUAUGAGACUACACAGAAGGCCGGUGAAUACAAAGAUACUGCCGGCGAAAGGGAUGAACCAGGGAAAGAAGGGGAGGUUCUGGUGGUAGCCUUAGAGGAGACCCGCCCGGGGUACGUGGCGGCUGUCCUCAAGGAGGCAGACCAGGAGACGGGCCAGACUUUCAACGAUGUGGGCCGGAUAGACGACGAGGGCGUUAUCAGAAUCGAGCGCAAGGACCGCCACGGGAAGAUGUGA